AUGUCUGGAGGAACUCCAGGACAGUUUCAGGCUCGCUACAGGCUGCGUGAGACACUAAAACCGUCUAUUCGUCUUCAACAUUAUGAGCCAAGCCCAACCAAAUCUUCUCCUAGGUAGGUUUUUCACAAUUUUUUUGUUUUUUAUGUUUAGGCAGCUUUAUAUUAUCAUCAACAUCACGUUUUUGAACGUUUUGACUGACUUUUUUCUUGAUAAAGCUGCUGAAAGGGUAAAACAGCGUAGAGUGAUUAAGCUUACCUUAAAAUAAGUACAAAAAACUUAAUUUUAUCUUUUAGCAUCAGAAUGCCUAGUUCGAUAUCGCUACAAAGGCCUAAGGUGGUGCAACAAACUCGAGUUUACAACAACAAGCAGCCAGUGGAGCCGGUAUCAGAAGAAGUAGUUGAAGAAGGUGUAGUAGCGUUUGAUCCAGAUGAUUAUCCAGAAUACAUGUCAGAUUACACUACUAGUUUGGGCACUUUUACUAGCAAUUACAAGUAUCCCACUGAGGAAUUGAGUCAGAAUUUAAAGUGCAAUUUGAAAAAACUCAAAAAUAUGCUCCACUUUCCUCGUGGACGAUUGUAAGUUGUAAAAUUUAAAAAAAAGAACGGCUUGUAAAGGAAGUUUUUGCCAUUUUUUGUUUUGUAAAGAAAGUUUUUACUAUUUUUUGCUUUGUAAAGAAAGUUUUUGCCAUUUUUCGUUUUGUAUAGAAAGUUUUGGUUAUAUUUUCUUUCAAAAAGACUUAAAGCUAAUGAAUUACCUUUCCAGAUUUGUAAUGUCCGAGUUUUUUUACUCAGCAGUAGACCGUCAAAUCUUUUUGGACGAGAACGAGUUCGUCCAACUGAUCCAAGACUCUUUUCCAAAUUUAAAAACUUCGAAACUCCGGCUGACCGAAUGGCGCGAGAUCCGUCGCUUAAUCGGAAAACCUCGUCGCUUCUCGACCAGUUUCCUUGACGAGGAGCGAAAAGCAUUGGCAUACAAACGCAAAAAGAUACGACAACUUUACAGUGGUACAUGUAUACGACUACCACCCGACAACGACCUGCCCAAACGAUUACCACGCCCAUAUGUUGUGGGAUGUAAGGUUUUUGCUAGGAUUCGUGAACCAAAGGAAGGUAUCUAUGCUGGAACGAUCGAUGCAGUGUUUAAUGAAGGCUACAGAGUGGUUUUUGAAAAGGAGGAAAUGAUUCCGCCUUCGGUGGUCUCGGUAAGAUAAUAUGAUAUUUGGCUAGAAUAUAGGAAAUGAUUUGUUACCUAACUUAUUUUUUUUACUUUGAAAAAAGGGGUUUUUUAUUGUUUUGUUUUUUUAUCAUUUUUUUUGAAAAUGUGUUACCUAAAAUUUAAAUUUUUUGAUUUUUUAAAUGAUUUUUGGAAAAUUUGUUACCUAAAAUCUUAUUUUUUUUAAAUUUAUAAUUUUUUUGUUGCAUAAAGAAUGGCGUUUACGUUUUUUUAGCGUUUUUUUUGUAAUUUUUGAAAAAAUUGUUGCCUAAAAUGUAUUUUUUUUUACUUUUUUUAUUGUUUGAUGCAAAAAGAAUGGCGUUUUUAAAUUUUUUAGCAUUUUUUUUAAUUUUUGAAAAAUUUGAUAUCUAAAAUUUAAUUUUUCACGUUUUUGGUAUUCUUAGUACUUGAUGCAAAAAGAAUGGCGCCUUUUUUAAACAUUUUAAGUCUCAAAGUUUUCAAAAUUAAAAAAUUUUUAUUCAAAAAAUUUUUAAUAAUUUUUGGCCAUUUCCAGGACACAGAAGUAAUGCCAGAAGUUCAGCCAGAGCUACUGGCCGUUUCCUACUUCCUAGAGCAAAACAAUGCGAAUAAUGCCAAAACGCACAGUUACAUGCCCAAUACUGUCAGUAAACCGCAUUUAAUUGUUGAUCCAAAACAGACAAGAGUUGUCUCAAUGGUUGGAGGACCAAAUCAAACUCCGACCUUUGCUUUCCAAAGUCGACAGGUCAUUCGUAAGUUGAAAUUCUUGGGAAAUUUGAUAAUUUGUGAAAUGGUCCGGGUAGAUUUGAAGGCUUUAGGUCUGGGUCAUAAGAUUGGGCGUCUUAGGGGUUUUUGGAUUUGUGGCAGAUUAAAAAAGGAGGGGGAAAAGCAAAAAAAUGUUGGGCGGGGUAAAAAAUAUUUUUUAGGGGAAGCGGGGGGGGUGAAAUUUUUAGUUUUUUAAAUUAUUUUGACAGAUAGGGUUUUGAAUUUUUUUUUUAAUUUUUGGCAUGGUUGAUUUUUGAAAUUGGAAAAUUUGUGAAAAGGUCCGGGUCAUAAAGAUUUGGACGUUACUACGGUUUGUUUUGGUUGGGAUGGGCAGAGAAUGGGUAAUAAAGGCUAAAAUUAAUAUAGGCAAGGUCUUUUUGAAAAUUGGAAGGGCGGGGUGAAAAAAAAUUUGGGGGUGGAUUAAAAAAAAUUUUUUUUGGAGUUCUUUUUGUAUUUAAGUCCUUCAAUAUCAAAUACUGUCAAAUCUUUUUAGAAAGGCACUUAAAGGACUAGCCUAAACCUGUUUUUGUAAACAGGGUUUCCCACUACCUAGGUAUUUUUAUAGGGGUUCUAUUACGGAGAACGGGCAAAAAGUUGUCAUUAUAAGGAGGGUGGCAAACUAACGGGGUCGUAAUAAAAAGAUUUUUUCCGUAUACCUAAUCUCUGAAUAUAUAUAUUAGCUUCAGCACGAGACGACAAAGUCGGCAACUUCCCCCUCCGCAUGUUGGUCAUCAUGGUGAAGCUGUUCAAGGUCCUCUCCCACAAACAAACCCUGGUCAUGAACCUAAAACUGAUGAAUGACCGAGCAGAACGAAUGCAAAUGGUCAGCAACAAGUACCCGAUCACGUUCCAGGAACGGUACGCUGAACUGCUGACCGAGUUGGAACAAGCCAACAAGCUACUGGAUUCGUACCUAAAUGGCAUUGAUGAAUAUAAUGAACUGCUGGUCACGAACCUUAACGACCCGCUACCGUCGGACAAACCCGACCAGCUGAGGAAGCAUACUCAUGCACAUGCACAUCAGAUCGUGAAGCAUUGUAAUUCUCAAGUUCAGAUGAAAAACAAGGAGUUAUUGGGCUUUAUUACUCAGUUAACGGCUAUUUUAAUACAGGUAAGACAAGGUUUUUAUAGUUUUGAGAGGAAAAUUAGUAUUUUGGAGAGUUCUUUAACAAAAGUUGGUUGUGAAGACAUUGUGAAGGUAUGGGCAGUACUUUUGAACUUAAGUUUGUGGUUUUUUUGAGAAAAGUGACAUUUUAUACGAUGAAACAUGUCCGAGUAUGAAUGUAUUCAAAAUGGUUUAAACGUAGUUUUUUAGGAUAGUAAUAGUGAUGUAAUUACUAAAAGUUUUAAAUUUCGAGGAUUUUUUUGAAAAAGUGACAUGUUAUACGAUGAAAAGUGUCCAAACGAAAAAACUUAAUUUUGCCAUUUUAGGUACGAGAACUGGGCAAAAAGAGCAGAGACAACGUCCACUACGAGCUCAGUGUCAUGGCUGAAUCCCUGAACCGACUGAAAGGCCGAAUCAGUCCAAAAAACAUUGGCAUCUUCCAAGACUGCGUCGAAAUCCACAUGAAACAGAUCUUCCUAAUGAUGAACAAAAACAAGCCUUCAAUUUGA